CUUGAACAGUCCCUGAGUAAAGAGCAGUGCGAACAGCGUCUUCACUACAGAAAUGCGUCAGAGCGUAAACACUGCACGUUCUGUUCUGGGACCAAUAAACCUGCUGUUUAUGGGUAUUUAGACAGAAGACUUUUGUGCACGUUGAACGGGAACCAUGAGCACCGUAUUCUGCUGUGUUUUGGUUGUAUUAUUCUCAGUGGCUCUUUGCAUGGACUUUGAAGAGAGACCCAGCAGCUCCAGGAGGAGUGAGCAAACUAUGUUUCUAAAGAGUCACAAAUCACGAAACCUGCUCAGUUUGAGGGAUUUACAGGAGCCAGACCAUGUCAAGAUGAAGAGGAGUGAAGAAUCCGCGCAAAAUCAGUGUCAAUCACUGCACGGAUAUGAUUCUACUUUAAAAAACAAUACUCAUACGCAUAACUUCAAUGACUUGAGUGGCACAGUGUCUCUGGCCUGGGUUGGAGACAGCACAGGGGUUCUGCUGGUGCUGACCACAUUCCAGGUUCCUCUUUUUAUCAUGCGGUUUGGUCAGUCCAGACUGUACAGAAGUGAAGACUAUGGAAAGACAUUCCAGGACAUCACCGACCUCAUUAACAACACCUUCAUACAGACAGAGUUUGGCAUCGCGAUUGGUCCCGAAAAUUCAGGGAAGGUGAUCCUCACAGGUGAUCUAACCGAAGGGAGAGUUACCAAAAUUUUCCGUUCGGAUGAUUUCGGCAGGAGCUUUUUGACCUCUGAGCUUCCCUUCCAUCCGUUAAUGCAAAUCAGAUACAACCCCAGAGACAGCAACAUACUGGUGGUCUACAGCAUCAAUUAUGACUUAUGGCUGUCUGUAGACUUUGGGGCCAAUUGGAGGAAGAUCCAUGAGACUGUGUGUCUUAUGAAAUGGGGAAUUGAUGACACUAUUUUCUUAACCACAAACCCCAAUGGAUCCUGCAGUGAUCGGGGAAUGCUUGAGCUGAGGAAAUCUUUAGACUAUGGCAAAACAUUCAAAACUAUAGGAAGCAGGAUUUAUUCCUUUGGCCUGGGUGGACGCUUUGUUUUUGCCUCAAUCAUGACCGACUCGGGUUCCACUCGCAUGAUUCAUGUCUCAGUAGAUCAGGGGGAGACGUGGGAUAUGGCUCAACUCCCCACCGUUGGACACGAGCAGUUUUACUCCAUUCUAGCCGCAAACAACGAUAUGAUCUUCAUGCACGUGGAUGAACCUGGAGACUCCGGUAUUGGCAGCAUAUAUGUGUCAGAUGACCGAGGUAUAGUGUUCUCCAAGUCUCUGGAACGUCAUUUGUACACCUCUACAGGCGGAGACACUGACUUCACCAACAUCACCUCUCUGAGGGGCGUAUAUAUGACCAGUAUCCUCGCCGUGGAUGGCUCUGUGCAGACAGUGAUCACAUUUAAUCAAGGUGGAGAGUGGCGAACACUGCAGAGACCCUGGAACGGAGAGUGUGACUCCACUACUGUGCACCCGGACAAAUGUAGUCUGCAUAUUCAUGCCUCCUACAGCAUCUCUAUGAAACUGAACGUGCCCAUGCAGCCCCUCUCCGAGCCCAAUGCCGUGGGACUCAUCCUGGCACAUGGGAGUGUGGGAGGUGCAGUUUCUGUGCUUUCUCCAGACGUCUUUGUGUCUGAAGAUGGGGGUUACACAUGGUUUCAGGCACUGAAAGGCCCCCAUCACUAUGCCAUCUUGGAUUCAGGAGGACUGCUAGUAGCAGUGGAGCACAACCCCUCACACCCCAUUUCACAGAUCAAAUUUUCCACUGAUGAAGGUCAGUGCUGGCAUGUGCAUAACUUCACCGAUGAACCAAUGUACUUCACUGGGCUGGCAUCAGAACCUGGUGCCCGUUCCAUGAAUAUCAGCCUUUGGGGAUACAGGGAAACUGUCCUGAAUCAGUACUGGGUUUCUGUCACUAUUGACUUCAGGCAGUUGCUCUCUAGAGACUGUCAGGAGAAUGACUACAUCCAGUGGCUCGCUCACUCAAGCGAUAUUAGCGACCCCACUGAUGGGUGCAUGCUGGGAUACAAGGAAAGGUUUUUACGGUUACGAAAGGACUCAGUCUGCUGGAACGGGCGGGAUUACAUUGUCACCAAGGAGCCCACCACUUGUCCCUGCACUCUCAAUGACUUUCAGUGUGACUUUGGAUUCUAUCAUGCGGAAAACAGCUCUGUGUGUGUGGAGCAGCCCGACCUUAUUGGCCAUUCACUGGAGUUCUGCCUGCAUGGACGCAAAGAGCAGCUUCAGACCAGCGGUUACCGGAAAAUUCCCGGGGAUCACUGUGAAGGAGGAAUAACUCCAGAACGAAAAGAGAUUGAUCUGAGUAAGAAAUGCGUUAGUAAUUUGCUGAGGACAGAGCCACUGACAGAAGAACAUUCAUUCAAUUCAGCGCCUAUAAUCGUUGUGGUCAUCGCUGUUCUGUUGAUCAGUGCUGUUGCUGGUGUUAUUUUCAUCAAAAAAUAUGUCUGUGGAGGAAGGUUUCUGGUGCACAGGUACUCUGUAUUACAGCAGCACGCUGAAGCUAACGGUAUCGAAGGCGUGGAUGACCUGGACACACUGGAGGGUGGCAAGACACACUACCGUGAUGAUUCAGAUGAGGACCUCCUAGAGUGACAGACACAUGGAUCAUCAUAAGACUGUUUUAAAAGAGAGAAACCACAAUGCCUACCCUUCCCAUGACCCUCUAUGUGUGUGUAUCUGCGUUCCAGCACGCAUAAGACACAUUCUGACCAAUCAAUUUGCUUCUGGCUACUUGGGGACAGAUUUUCAGUGAUUCAGCACAGCAGGAUUUGACUGCAAGGACAGAAAUGGAGAAAAACAUGAAUUUUCAUAAAAGCAUCUCCCGAAGGAGUUUUAUAAUCCUCUGCUGAAAGAGUUUCAAUGUUUUUCAUCAUUUCAUGUUAUGUAUUUGGGAUGCACAUAGGAUUUGAAACAAUUAUGUUGCCAUAUAUUUCAAAUUUAUGCAAGUUUAUGCACAAAAUCUGAUGGCUGAGGAGUAUUAUUUAACUAAGCAGUACUUUGAAGGCCACUAUAAUUGGAGUA